CGUAAAGUUUGGAGACAAUGAGUUUAAAUUAAAAGAAUAUUGAUCUUCAGAAAGAAAUGUUUUAUACACUUAAUAGUUGAAUAUGUCAUAGUUUUACUGAAACAUACAUAAUACUGGAUUCGUUGUUUAGUAAAUUGCAAAAUAUUAGUAGUUCUUAUCAACAAAAAAUGCGUGGAUACUUUUUAUGUAUUUGUUUUAUUAACAUUUAAAUGAUUCAUCAACAUUUUAAAUGGCAACACACAAACGCAAAGAAAAAGAUAUAUCUAAUUUAGAAACAGGAUUGCAUGUUCUGUCUAAAAUGAACGACACGUUUCUUAACACACUUUUGGAAUUAUCUGAAGAUGAAAAUCUAAAGGCGACAAGACCACAUUCUGUUCAACACAACAGACCAGGUUCUGUGCUAUUUUCACGUCCACCAAGUUCUAUACUUAUUUCAAGACCACCAAGUGCAGCCAUAUACGGGAGACCUCCAAGUUCUACUAAAAGACCAAGACGGCCGCCAAGCACAAGCACUUUAAGGCCAAGACCACCAAAUGUCGACCCUCCAGUUCGACGUCCACCAAGCGUUUCAACUAUUGCAAGACCAUCCAGUUCAUUGAAACGACCAAACGCACUGAAAUGUAAAGUGUGUGCUGACGGUUUCCGAUUUCCGGGAAACACGCCGUGUUUCGAUCAUUAUUGUGCUCCGUGUCUUGAAGAUCAUAUAUUGACCUUCAAACGAGGAACAGGUUGUGACUGUCCAUUAUGUCAAAGUGGAAUUUUGCUCCCAUUAACCAAACUAAGACCGGACAGUAAAAGAUUUUCAAACAAAUCAGAAUUGAAUGUUUGUAAUAACUGUCAGGAGGCCAGACUGGCACAAUAUCGAUGCGGGUCUUGCGAAGAAUUCUUCUGUGAGAAAUGUAACAGAGAAUUUCUGAAGAGGAUGAGAAUAGAUGGAAACUUUAGCAACACACAUCUAACUGAUCUAAGCGGAGAUAAUGCAGUACCACUGAUAAUGCCUAGUGGUCUAGAUGACGACUCCUUAGAUUCCAUCUCACUACCGUCUCUACUCCCUACGGGAUUUGGUUUACGCUGCAGCGAACAUGAAGACGAAGAAUUAAGAUUUCAUUGCAAACCAUGUGAUAAGUGUAUCUGUAGAGACUGUAAAAUUCUCGGUCAUGAAGGUCAUGAAACAUUAGCGUUAGAAGAAGUAUACGAAGAGAGAAAGCAUCAUCUAUCUCAAGCAUUAAAACUGUCAAAUGCAAAUAUACGCACACUUCAUUGUGAAUGCGCCGAAAUAAAUUCAAAGCGGCUAGAGAUUGAUCAAGAAUCAAGAGAUGCGGUAUCACAGAUUGAAAAUCACGCUAAUGAGGCCAAAAGAAUGAUAAAUGAAUGGGCAAAGUCAAUGAUUAAAACAAUCAGGGUUCAGAAUACUCAAAGUCGAGGAAAACUAGAAGAGUGUAGAGAUGUAGUUAAAGAAAAGGUGAAAACACUUCAAACGCUGGUUGAGAAAGGUACAUCGUUGUUGGAGUCGGAAAAUAGUAUAGAUCUUGUAGAAAAGGCUCCGCAGAUGACACAGUCUAUUAAAGAUGCAGAUAUUGCGCCAACAGCGGAUAGAUUGUGGCGGAAGAAGUUUGUGUUCCAACCAACGAACCUAAAGAGCUCAAAUUCAAAACAGAUGUUUGGCAAACUACAAACAGUCGUCGAGGGACUCCUGCAUGAAGUCCCUUCUGUUGAACUAGAGGUGCAAGCUACGUUCAACAGUGAUCAACAGUAUAAGAGCACAACAGCUUUGGCGCCGAUGUCUGAUGGAACUGUGUGGGUUUGUAAUGGCUUCAAAAACAGGAUCCAACAAUUUGAUUGCGAUGGAAAUCUUCUUCAAAGCGAGACGUUGGAUUUUGAUGUCGACGAUAUGGUAGACGGACGCUCAGACGUUUUAUUUCUAACUGAGUUGAAUGGUAAAGUUAUCCGAAAGCUGAAUAAGAAUAACAAACUUUCGAUAUUUGCAAGGGCUGACCUGUAUCUGCGGGGAAUAACUAUAUCAAGAGACGGGAAACACGUUAUAGCCUGUGGAAACGACGUACCUGUGGCCUGCCUCAGAGAUGCGGCUGUUUCAAAGAUUUACCUAUUUAAUAUGGUUGGAAAACUUACCAAAGAGUUUACAGUUGAUACUGGCGUUAAGGUUGUAAGUUUGUUCCGCAUAAGUAACACUAUUAAUGACGAAUAUGUUGUAUCAACUGGGAUCUCUGCUCUCUAUUAUAUCUUUGGUGAACAUGGUGAAUUAAAGUAUCGUUAUCGAGCAGCCAGUUCAGCUGACGGAGUGGCCUGUGAUGCCCACGGUUUGAUAUAUAUGUCAGCAUGCAAAGACGACACGUUGUAUAUUCUAGAUUGCAAAGGAGUACCUAUACCGUCAACGUAUGCUAUGCAUAAACCAACUGCCGUGGCUAUAGACAGAAAUGAUGUGGUCUGGGUCGGUGACUGGAGCAAAGUACAUGUUCUCAAGUACAAAAACUAACUGCUAAAAUGAUAUUUUUUGUGUUAGUAUUAGAAAAAAACAGAUUUUGGCGUAAUCAAAUUUAAAAAUAAGUAAUUGAAAACUAAAGUACAUGUAUAUUUUAAUAAUUUCAGAUAUGAAAACAAUUACCGAAUUGAAUGCAAGAAAUUGAAAUAAAACGGAAAAUGAGA